AACAUUUCUGUCCCGUCACCUACUUCUCUUCCCUAUUGAGAAACCCCUCCUGUGGUUUGUCUUUCCAUCGUCUUCCCUUCAGACACGGCCGAACUUGAGCAAGGUUUGCCAGCGGCUUCCCGUCAGUUCAACCUACCACGCCGUGACCGCCGGCCAACAUGGCGUCGUCCUCCUCUUCGGCGGUCCCGCAGGCUGAGGCCUUUCCGGACGGCACUACCGACUACAUUCCCGUGAGGAAGAAGCAAUACGACCUCCGAAAGCCUCAUAUCACGGAGCAGCCGAUAACAUGGAAGAACUGGUACCAGCAUGUCAACUGGCUGAACACAACCUUCAUCAUUUUCAUUCCGCUGGCCGGCCUCAUCUCCUCGUAUUGGGUGCCUCUGCAGACUAAGACGGCCAUCUUCACUGUUGCCUAUUACUUUUUCGCAGGCCUUGGAAUCACUGCCGGUUACCACCGUCUCUGGGCUCACUCGAGUUACAAGGCUACCCUUCCCCUGAAGAUCUUCCUUGCCGCCGGUGGCUCCGCUGCCGUUGAGGGUAGCGCUCGUUGGUGGUCAAGUCUCCAUCGUUCGCACCAUCGGUAUACCGACACUGAGAAGGAUCCUUACUCGGUCCGCAAGGGCUUGCUCUACAGCCACAUCGGUUGGAUGGUCAUGAAGCAGAACCCCAAGCGAAUUGGCCGCACCGACAUCACCGACCUGAAUGACGAUGCCGUGGUUGUCUGGCAGCAUCGCAAUUAUCUCAAGUCCGUCGUGACCAUGGCUCUGGUUGUGCCCAUGCUCGUUUGUGGUCUCGGCUGGGGCGACUUCCUUGGUGGCUUCGUCUAUGCUGGUAUCCUCAGAAUCUUCUUCAUCCAGCAGGCCACUUUCUGUGUCAACAGCUUGGCCCACUGGCUCGGUGACCAGCCCUUUGAUGACCGUAACUCUCCGAGGGAUCAUGUUAUCACCGCACUGGUUACUCUUGGCGAGGGUUAUCACAACUUCCACCACGAGUUCCCGAGCGACUUCCGUAACGCCAUCGAGUGGUGGCAAUAUGACCCUACCAAGUGGUUCAUCUGGACCAUGAAGCAGCUUGGCCUUGCCUACAACCUGAAGACAUUCCCCCAGAACGAAAUCGAGAAGGGCCGAGUGCAGCAGCAGCAGAAGAAGCUCGACCAGAGACGAGCCACACUCGACUGGGGUAUCCCCCUUGAGAAUCUGCCCGUUAUCAGCUGGGAUGAUUUCGUUGCCGAGUCCAAGAACGGCAAGGCCUGGGUCGCCAUUGCCGGUGUGAUCCACGAUGUCGGCAAAUUCAUUGCUGAUCACCCUGGUGGCAAGGCUCUGAUCACGUCAGCCAUCGGGAAAGAUGCCACUGCCGUCUUCAACGGUGGUGUCUAUAAUCACUCCAACGCGGCCCACAAUCUGCUCUCCACUAUGCGAGUUGGCGUUCUUCGGGGCGGCUGCGAGGUGGAGAUUUGGAAGCGUGCCCAAUCCGAAAACAAGGAUGUGGCCGCUAUCACCGACUCCACUGGCCAGCGCAUUGUCCGUGCCGGCGACCAGGUCACACGCGUUUCUCAGCCGGUUGCGACCGCCGAUGCCGCAUGAGCGACUUAUUUCAUCAUUGCCAAACUCGUCAGCUCACAAGCAAUGCGAGGAUCCAAAGAAAUUUUACGACACACACGAAACCGUACUGUGGCGGUUUAGUAACCCGGUGUUAGUUGCAUGAAUGGUGUUUGGGCGGAGGGAGGUGGGGCCAUCCAACCUCGAAGUUGGGUGCCGCCCGUUUAAC